AUGACCAUGUUCCACGCCUCGGGCUCCAGGGAGCUCGGGCAUGUUUCGCCGCCCGUCGCGGUGUACGACGAGUUCGUGGCGCAGGUCCCUACGACGCUGUGUCUCAAGGAGAGCGCGUGGAGCUUGUCGGGGGACGACUUUGGCAUCACGGACGCCAACACCCGCAAGACCAUCCUCAAGUGCAAGGGCAAGUACAUGAGCCUGCACGACCGGAAGAAAAUUGAGUCGCCCGACGGAAAGCUCCUGUACAACAUGGCGGACAAGAUGCUCGCUAUCCGCAAGACGACGGUCGCGGAGGACGACCACGGCCGCGAGGUGCUGCGCGUGACGAAGAAGUGGUCCCCCGGCUCCAAGCUUAGUGCGACGGCUGUGGACAAGUCCGACCGCGAGCUCACCAUCGUCCUCAAUGGCGACAUGUAUGGUGUCAGCGCCAACAUCGAGCUCAAGGACGGCACGCCGCUCGCGCACAUCAGCCGCAAGCUCGUGACUGCGACGGACAUGGUCGCGGACAAGCAGACGUACUACGUCACGGUCGCGCCCGGCGUCGACGUCUCGCUCAUGGCGGCUGUGUGCAUCUGCUUCGACGAAGCGAUGAACGAGGAGAAGGAGGACAAGUAG